AGGGAGACAAAGGAUGCGCUUGUCCUUGCUCUAUUCAGGCAUUGCCCAGAUUAUUCACGCAGAAAUGUGAGGUCCACAGCUUCUCCUAGCAUGACUGCGAUCUGAUCAGCAACCACGAGAAUUUGACUCCUGUGUCCGGCGCCGUGGUGCUGGGGCCUGGUCACUGCCCACAACUACAGAGCCGCCAUGGCUACUGCCUCCACGGCCACCCCUCUCCUUUCACAGCCCCAGUUCACAGCCAUGAAUGAACCACAGUGCUUCUACAACGAGUCCAUCGCCUUCUUCUAUAACAGGAGUGGGAAGUAUCUUGCCACAGAAUGGAACACAGUCAGCAAGCUGGUGAUGGGACUUGGGAUCACCGUCUGUAUCUUCAUCAUGUUGGCCAACCUCCUGGUCAUGGUGGCCAUCUACGUCAACCGCCGCUUCCAUUUCCCUAUUUAUUACUUAAUGGCUAAUCUGGCCGCUGCAGACUUCUUUGCUGGGUUGGCCUACUUCUACCUAAUGUUCAACACGGGACCUAAUACCCGGAGACUGACUGUCAGCACGUGGCUCCUCCGUCAGGGCCUCAUUGACACCAGCCUGACGGCCUCGGUGGCCAAUCUGCUGGCCAUUGCGAUCGAGAGGCACAUUACCGUUUUCCGCAUGCAGCUCCACACGCGGAUGAGCAACCGGAGGGUGGUGGUGGUGAUUGUGGUCAUCUGGACCAUGGCCAUUGUGAUGGGCGCUAUUCCCAGUGUGGGCUGGAAUUGCAUCUGUGAUAUUGAACAUUGUUCCAACAUGGCACCCCUCUACAGUGACUCCUACUUAGUCUUCUGGGCCAUUUUCAACUUGGUGACCUUUGUCGUCAUGGUGGUCCUCUACGCUCAUAUUUUUGGCUACGUUCGCCAGAGGACUAUGAGAAUGUCUCGCCACAGUUCUGGACCCCGGCGGAAUCGCGAUACCAUGAUGAGUCUUCUGAAGACUGUGGUCAUUGUGCUCGGUGCCUUUAUCAUCUGCUGGACCCCUGGACUGGUCUUGUUACUUCUCGAUGUGUGCUGUCCACAGUGUGACGUUCUGGCCUAUGAGAAAUUCUUCCUCCUGCUUGCUGAGUUCAACUCUGCCAUGAACCCCAUCAUCUACUCUUACCGUGACAAGGAGAUGAGUGCCACCUUCAGACAGAUCCUCUGCUGCCAGCGCAGUGAGAACACCAGCGGCCCCACGGAAGGCUCUGACCGCUCAGCUUCCUCCCUCAACCACACCAUCUUGGCUGGAGUUCACAGCAAUGACCACUCUGUGGUUUAGAAAGGAAAUGAAGAGGAGAAGCCAGCAUCAUCUAUUGAGGGAUGAAGAGCCUCCCCCUACCCAAAUGCCAGGGCAAGGUGUAGGGUGUGUGUGUGUGAGAGAGAGAGAGAGAGGGGAAAACAAACUCAUGUACUUAAACACUAACCAACGGCAGUAUUUGUUCCUAGACCCAACAAGACUUGAUAUAUGUUGAAAAUUAGCUUAUGUGACAACCCUCAUCUGGAUCCCCAUUCCCUUUGAAAGUAGACAGUGGAGCUCUUAUAAUGGAAUUCGUAAAUAGACUCUGGAGUGUUUCUUUAGAGAGACGACACUAACUAGACUUCAAAAGAUUUUGUGUGGUUUGGUGCAAGUCAGAAUAAAUGCUGACUAAUGGAAUCCACAACUUCAUUUACACGCAGGCUUCCCUUUUUUAUUUUUAAAGGAUACAUUUCAUUUAAUAAACAUGUUUAUGCCUAUCAGUAUGCUUGUGAUGGAUAAGACUAUAGACUUUUUAAACUACCGUAACUUCAUUUUUUUUCCACAUGUAGGAAAACUGUAAAUUAGACUUAUUUUUGUUAGAAAGCAUGCAUGUAAUAUAUGUAUGCAGUAUGUCUUACUUAAAAAGAUAAAAGGGUAUUAAUUCUAAAUCUUCUAGGAAAUAGGAGAACCUAGAUGUCAAAGCCAGUAUUUGUUUAGGUUAUGAAACAGACAAUGCUCUAAUCACAUUACCUUUUUAUUAAAGUGUUGUAACACAUAUUAAAAAAAUGGGUUGUAAGUUUGUUACUGAAAUAAUAUGUACUCUAAAAAUGUCCUAGAAGAUGAAACUCAGUAAUAUUGUUCCCACAUAUUUAUAAUACCCAAGUACAUUCUAAUUAUUAGUACAUCAGAAGGAUUUUUGAAUAGCCUGUGUUUUUCUGUAUUAUGAAAUAAUACAUAGUCAUUAUAGGAAACUUGAAAAAUGCAGAAAAUGUAUAAAACAGAAAAAAUAAUUACUGAUAAUAAAUAUCACAAUCCAGAAGUAACCGCCCUUAACAGCUUUCCCCCCUGUGUAUGCCUAUAUGUAUAUUAUAUAACUUUUAUAUAAUUGGGAUCAUACUGUAAACAAUUUUAUAGUCAUUUUUUUUCCACUACAGAAUUGCCACAUUUCCUACGGCACUAAAAAUUUUACAAAAACAUAAUUUUUAUGGCUAUAUAAUAUUCCAUUUAAUGGAUGCAACUCAGUUUAUUUAACCAUUUCCAUAUUGUUGACUACUUAGGUUAUUUCUGAUUUUCAUUAUUAUAAAUGAUGUUGCAAAAAGUUUGUGUACAUGAGACUUUUUUCAUAUAAUUGAUUAUUUACUUAGGAUAUGUUCCCAUGAAGGAUUUUUUUUAAAAAAAAUGUGAAUUGUCUUUUUAUGCUCAUACCUUUUAUAAAAAGGGAUUUCCUGCUUUGCACCUCAUGGGUGACAAUUGUGAGGAAAGCCAGUUAAAUUACCUUUUUACAAAGGAAGUUCAGUGGUUAGUUUAGGGUGACUUUUUUAAUAUAGUAGGAUGGACUAGAAACAGUCAACUGUCACAAAUAACCAGGAUACCCUAAUUCAUAUGUCUAGCAAUUCCAAAUUUUAUUUGAGGCACCAAUUAUUUAGCUCUCGGUAGCCACAACUGUAAUGUAGCAUUCAAGACAACGCGAAGAAGUCAAACGUGCCAAGUGAAUGAAGGAUCUUCCUAUUAACUAUCUUGGGACCCUUCUGUAGGAAAUUGGUUGAGUGUCCGCAUGUGACUGGAUACUGUGUGUUCUCUGAGAAUCACCCCAGAGGAACUGCUGCCAUGUCAGGUGAUACCUGUUUAAUCUCACCUGUUUGUUGUAAUAAGUAACCAAUAAAGUCACAGUCAUGAAGCAGGUGUGGGGAAGUCGGGGGUAUGUUUAAGAGAAAGAUGUCCAGAAGACGGUUGUCUAGGAGAAGGAAGUCAGUGCAUGGUCACCAUUUGAGCAGAGGGCUGACGUGUAAAGUGCCCAAAGUGAAAAGAAUAACGGGGAACCAGUUAGCAGAAAGGUGCUUGCACAUACUUUAUACAAUACACAGAGCGUUUUAUAUUGGAAGUGAAAUAAAUGAACUUGGACUUUCACUCAUGCGCAUGUAUUCUGAAGGAGCUAUGGACUAUUUGAAAUGAGAACGUACUAAUUGGACCUUAAUAAAUCAUUUUCUAUCAGUG